ACGCAGCGUUUACCCGCUCUGUCCUCGUGUUGACGUUACGGCUUUGAGUCCUCACAGCACCGCCCCCAUCCCUCCCUCCUCCUCCACCCCUUCGAGAUGAGCGACGCCCACUACUGGGUGGAGGACUACGACCUGUCCUCCACCACCACCACGGCCCCCGGCCACGGCCCCUCCGGGGGGCCCUUGGGGGGGCCCUUGCCUCCCGUGGCGGUCCACUCGGAGCUGGGCACGGCCCUGUGCCUGGUGGGCCUGCUGCUGCUCCUGCUGCUCUUCCUGGUGGUCCGCUGCAUCCGCAUCCUGCUGGACCCCUACAGCAGCAUGCCCUCCUCCUCCUGGACCGACCACAAGGAGGGCCUGGACCGGGGCCAGUUCGACUACGCCCUGGUGUAGAGAGGUGGAGGACGGUACUACGCCCUGGUGGAGGAGAGGUGGAGGACAGUACUAGGCCCUGGUGUAGAG